GGCACGGUCGAUGUCCACUACAUGAUUGUCAAUGAGAAGGCGCCGCUUUCCCGUGCCAUGUUCGGGGAGCUGGAGCGCCAUGCCCCGCCGGGUGUCCCCGUCUUCCAGCCAGAGCAAGAAGAUCCCGAUGUCUGGCAGGUCCUGGGAGGUGACAAGGAUGAUUUCCUCAUCUACGACCGGUGUGGCCGCCUGGCUUUCCACAUCCUCUUGCCCUACAGCUUCCUCCACUUCCCCUACGUGGAGUCAGCCAUCCGCUUCACCCACAGCAAGGACUUCUGUGGCAACUGCUCACUUUACCCCAACACUACUCAGGAGGUUAACAGUACCAUGGAGGUCCCUGUGACCCUGACCCCACUACCUGAAGGAGAGGUGAAGGAGUCAGAGACCCUCAUUCACCAGCACAACCCUCUCCAUCCUCCCCACCUUCAUGAGGUCAGCAGCGAAAGAGCCGCAGACCUGACCGGGGACUCCAAACCAGUUUCCCAUAAUCACAACCACCACGGAGACCAUGGCCAGCCCCAUCCCGUGGGGAAGAAGCGGAAGGAAAGAAAUGAGCACUAA